CUCUCCUAGGCGUGUGCACGGAUGAUGACGAUACCACACAACUGAGAAGCCCUCGGUUAACCCAAGGGAAGCCUCCAUUUGCUAAUGCUAUGGAGACAAGCGAGGGAACAGAAUCAUCAACAGACUCCUCAGCUGCUCCACUGAAUGCAUUCCCCCCGAUCGCUGGUUAUGGAGUGAUAAGAUUGAAGGAGGGCAUUCAUCAGCCUGUUGCCAAUCCGAGUUUGGCCCUGACAAUAGUUGGACAGCAAAAAAGGCCUCCGUCUAUACUUGAUUACAUUACCAAGGGUAAAGGAAAAGUGUCGGAGGUGGGUGUUGUUGAUAAGACACAAGUGAGCGCUUCCGGUGGUUCACUCUCUCCUAGUAGGAACCCAAACUUUGCAGAUCCAUUACCCUAUGAUGACUCCGCUGAUGAAGGUGAGUGUACAUACACCAUCUUAUUUGUAUAAUUAUUUGGACCCCAACAACUUGUCAGUAAUCUAUAUUUUAACCUCAUUUGGAACAGAUAUCGCUGCUGAAGGAAAUCAACAUUUGUUUGUCAGGCAAGUCUUCAUGGAUCGAACUGCUUUCAAGACACACAUGUCGCUGUAUGCGUUGGCCAAAAAGUUCCCCUUUAUCUGUCGUCGAUCAGAACCUGGAAAAAUGGUGCUAGCGUGUAAGGGCACCAACUGCGAGUGGAGAGUGUACGCAAGUAAGCUGGCCGGGUGUCCAACGUUCCAGAUUAAGCGUGUGGAUGAGGAGCAUAACUGUACUGUAGACGAGCGCGGUGACUUCAAGAGGCAUGCAACAUCUAAUCUGAUAGGUGAGAUGGUCCGGAACAAGUAUGCUGGUGUUGGCGUUGGUCCUAAGCCAGGAACCCUUAGGGAGUUCAUGCGCACUGAUCACCAUGUUCCCAUAACAUACUGGAAGGCUUGGAAAUCUAGGGAAGUUGCAAUUGAGAAAAGCUUUGGUAACACUAAGGACGCCUACAAGAUGCUUCCUUCUUAUCUGGAGCAGUUGGCUCUCGCUAAUCCUGGUUCUGUCGUUGCUAUAGAAACAACACGUGAUGCUGGAGACGUCCAACGUUUCAAAUAUCUCUUCAUCUCACUUGCCGCUUCUGUUAAGGGUUAUAGCUACAUGAGAAAGGUGAUUGUAGUAGACGGCACUCACCUUAAAGGGAAGUAUGUUGGCUGCUUACUCACUGCUAGUGCGCAAGACGGAAAUUACCAAAUUUUCCCUAUUGCCUUUGCUGUGGUUGAUGGAGAAAACGACAGCUCCUGGACUUGGUUCUUCCAAAAGAUUUUGGAGGUCGUGGAGGAUGGGUAUGAUCUGGUCUUUGUCUCCGACAGGCACAAGUCCAUCUACGCUGCUCUUCUGAAGAUGUACCCCCGAGCCAAGCAUUUUGCUUGUCUUCUCCAUCUGCAGCGGAACAUCGUCACUAUGUUCAAGAAGAAGCACCUAGCUUACUUGGUCUCGAAGGCAGCUAGGGCCUACCGUGUCUCUGAUUUCUACAGGCACUUCAAUGAGAUAAAGAUGGUCGACAUUAACUGUGCUGAUUAUCUAGUCAGGGUUGGUUUCGAACAUUGGACUCGGUCCCACUGUCAUGGCUUGCGUUACAAUAUUAUGACCAGUAACAUAGCCGAGUCACUCAAUGCCGCUUUGGCGGAAGCAAGGGGAUAUCCAAUAGUUGUGCUGCUUGAUUACAUUAGGUCUAUGCUGAUGAGGUGGUUGUCAGGAAGGCGUGAGGCAUCAGCUGGGUGCAGCGGUGUUGUGACGCCAAAGGUAGAAGAGCUGAUGUCCAAGAAUUUCAGUGUUUCAACUGGGUUGCUUGUCCGUCACAUCAAUGGGGGUGAGUUUGAGGUUCGUGGCAUGGAUGGACACCCUUUCAGGGUUGACCUUGAUAAGAAGGUUUGUAGCUGCCUAGAGUUUGAUAUGCUCUUGAUCCCCUGUGAGCAUGCUGUCGCUGCUGCGAUGCACUCAAAGCGCAGGAUAGAUGCUCUCGUUGGUGAGAAGUUCACGUGCAACACUUGGGCAGCUGCUUACUCCAUGAGCAUCAAUCCCACCAGUGAUUAUAUGACUCCAGCUGCUGAGGCUGACACUCUUGGUGCGCUGAACCUUGCACCGCCAAAUACAAGACGCCCACCAGGGAGGCCUAAGAAGACAAGGAUCUUCUCGCGUGGUGAAUUCAAAGUAAGGGAGUUAACAAUUUUUGGAAAAUUUUCAUUCUAGUUUAACAGUUAAUUUGUUUAUGGGUCCUUAUUACUAUAUCUUGACACACUGGUUUGAUUAUGCAGAGUGGUCUCCGUUGGCGUCGCCCAAGUACUUGUAGGAAGUGCGGUGGAGCGGAUCACAACCGUGCCACCUGUAAAAUGCCAAUAUGAGAAGGUGUAAGGUUAUUAGGGGGCCAAUGGAAUGAAGUCUUUUGAUAAAGGUCUGAUGUGGGGCGACCGAUUUUCUUUGUUUAAUAUCAAUGCCUCCGACAUUCUCCUGCGAUAGUCCCAGUGAGAAUGACGGUAAUUCGAUCAGAGAUAAAAGGAAUUCGAUCUGGGAAAAUGGUAACUUUAUGUACUCAGCUUCCAAGCUAAAAUUAAUUAGCAACUACGUGAAUGUUUAUGAUCUAAUUUGGGCGUGAGCAUACCUCGGUGUCGGCUAGUGUCUCUUCUUCAUCGACUGUAGGCAGUUGAGCAAUGCGGGAUGUGUGCUCCUGAGAUACUAUGGGGGUGACGUUAAAUCCUUCCACUUCCGUAACCACAACAUGUUCCACGCUUUCGUGAUCUGUAGCUACGCCCAAAGGGAGGUUGUGACUAUUCUCUGUUGCCGUUAACUGUAAGAGGGUAGGACCUAUUAAUUAUAAUAAUGACUACAUAUAAAGUGUAGCAGUUGUAAUAAACCACCAUAUACUUACAUCAUUUGGGAUUGAGAACUCUUGAACAUCA